AUGGAGAAUGACGCGGUACACAUCUGUGACAGUUGCAAAGAAAAUACAGAUGCUAGUGAAAAUAAAUCAAAAAAUUAUGAAUGGGUGUUUUUAUUAGAAUCCUCUUUCCAGUGUGUUAAAUGUUCUAAGUACUUCAGCAUAGGAUUCAGAGUUACAGACACGAUAUCAUUGUUCGAUCCAUCAAAAAAUUCAGUGCAAGAAUUAAUUGCUGGGCGGUGUGAAAAUGUGUGUGGCGAGUAUUGUUCCAGAACAGAACACAGAAUCCAAGAAAGCCAGCCAGCCGAAUUAAAGGAAAAACCGUACAAAUGUGAUGUUUCCCCUCGAACCUUCAAAGUCAGAACAAGUCAAGUGUGUAAUGUGCAAUUCACUUAUAAAUCAUAUUAUCAGAACCACUUAAGCAAAAAUUCCAAAGAAAAACCGUAUAAAUGCAGUUUUUGCACUGCGGCUUACAAACAUAAACAGUCUCUUACUGCUCACAUGAAUAUACACGAUGACCAGAAUAAUUUCAGGUGUGAAUUGUGCAAAAAGAUUUUUGCUACUAAACAUGAACUUGAAUCUCACAUGGCCAGUCAUUCGAAUGAAAGACCUUUCAAAUGUGCAGUAUGCCACUCGACGUAUAAAACUCAAACUAAUUUUAUUAGGCAUAUGAAUGUACAUAAAGAGCAGAAUCCUUAUCGAUGUGAAGUGUGUAAUAGGAACUGCAGUUCUAAAACCGAACUCAAAAAUCACAUGAUGAUUCAUAAUGAAGCAAGGCCUUACAAAUGUAAUAUUUGCUCAUGGUCCUUUAAAAGAGAAUUUAAUCUCAUUCGUCACAUGAAGAUGAGACAUCAAAAUCAUAAUUUGAAAUAA